CAUCAAUAGAAUUAAUAUUCUGGUAACAUGAAGUGGUUUAUUUUCUUUCUUGUACAGGCUGCUGGCUGUACACUUGCUGUACAGUACAACCAGGAGUUCGCGCAAUUUAAGUCUACCUAUGGAAAAGUUUACAGAAGUGUUGGAGAGGAAGAAAAUAGAUUCAAAAUCUUUUCUGAAAAUAUGGAAAAAAUUAGGGAGCACAAUGAGAAGAAAAGUACCUACACUAUGGGGAUGAAUAUGUGGACAGAUCUAACUGAUGAGGAAUGGUCAAACCAGUUUCUAGGAUAUAAACGUGUCUCCACCCUCCACCCUGCAGUACACAAGGAGUCCAGAGAUGUGAAGGAUUUACCGGCAAGUGUUGAUUGGAGGGAGAAGGGGGUUAUUUCAGAUGUUAAAAAUCAGGGAUCCUGUGGAUCUUGUUGGGCUGUUUGUGCAACUGAACAGAUGGAGUCCUAUGUUGCUUUACAAUCUGAAGUCCUUCUAGAACUAUCUUCUCAACAGGUAACAUCCUGUGCUCCUAACCCACUAACCUGUGGUGGUACAGGAGGAUGUCAAGGAUCUACUCCUCCCCUAGCUUACAACUAUGCCCAGCUAUUUGGUCUUGUUCUGGAGGAAGAAUAUCCUUAUAUCUCUGGAUCUACUUCUGAAACUGAGGACUGUGAGUACAAUCUAUCCAACCUAUCUCCUGUAGCUUCUAUCACAGGCUAUAAUAAUCUUCCUCCCAACAGUAUGGAGGCUGUUAUUCAACACAUUGCUGAGGUUGGACCACUAGCUAUCUCUGUUGCAGCAAAUACGUUUAAGAAUUAUAACGGAGGAGUGUUUGAUGGAUGCAGCUACGAGGAUAAUAUUGCCCUGAACCAUGCAGUACAGUUAGUUGGAUAUGGUACUGAUGAAGAUCUUGGUGAUUACUGGAUUGUUAGGAACAGCUGGGGGUUAGGUUGGGGAGAGAAUGGAUAUAUCAGGAUGAAACGUGAAGCCAACCCUCCUUGUGGAACGGAUUCUACAACUUCAGGUCACGUUUGUCAGGGUGGACCUGGUUCUGAUAGUUUGACCGUAUGUGGAAUGUGUGGCAUGCUGUUUGAGACUUCCUUCCCUCUUGGAGCUCAUCUUUUAUAAUUUUAUAGAUAACGCCAUUUUUAUUGUAAAAUUAUUUAACUGUUAAUUAUGAGAAUGAUGUAGAUUAAUUUAACAAUAAAUUGGAAUAUCUUAUUUUAA